UCAUUCAUUCAUUGUCCCAAGCAACAAAACACAACACGCGGCGGAGCACCAACUCAAUUCCAGCUCACGUUUCUCAUCCCGUUCCCGAUCCCCUUUGCCUGUUUCUUUUCUCCUCGUCGCCGGAGACUUGGAGCCUCGCAGCCGCCCCACUUCCCAUCCUCUUGCCCCCUCAUCCCCAGGAGAGCCAGCCAGCCAGCCAGGAAUAAUCCUCUUCUCCGCGCGGCGACCCGACGCGGCGGCCAGGCGACGUCGCUGUCCACUCCGCCGGCGGGUUCCUGCCGCCUGAUUCCGCCAGGCUUCGAUUCGGCCGUUCGCCGCCGCCGGAGGUCGGGGAGAGGCAGCUACCGACCAGCCGUCCACGCCGCGGGCGACGGGGUUCCCGCUCCCGUCAGGAACGCCGCCGAAAACAUUGGGCCAUUGACACGACACUCUGAGAGCUCACGGCUUCUUUUUUAUCCCUUGGAUGGGCUUGGAAAGCGGCCUGCAGCAGUUGCAUUAUUCCACUUGAUUACUGGCCACCCUUUCCGUCUCAUUUUCGCGCUUCCAUAACUUCGCCCGUUGAUUGAGUUGGCCUAGAAAGUACAUCGAGGAAGAUGAGAGCAGCGGUAGCUCGCUCGCUACGCCAGCUUCGCCGUUUGGCGCGGCACCAUGCAGAGGGGCGCGCACCAAUAAACAGACUGACCAGGCAGCAGAACGUGCUCAUCUUGCGUGGUUCCGCAUCCCGUUCACUGUGCACCGUGCGCCAUGAUGAUGAACAUGGCAGAUUUGUGAGUCCAGCUGUGGAGUCACUGAGGAACAUGUUCUCCACUGCCGCGGCUGAUUCGAUUAAAGAUGUUCCACGAGGUGGUCCCAUGGUGGAAUAUGAGAAGAGAAUUGCAUCAGGAGAUCUUGUAGAUGGUGAUAGCUUUCAGGUUGACACGAUUCAGCAAUUACAAAGGCUUUAUGAGGAUCUUGUAGAGAAUGAAGAAGCCUGCCAGCUCGAUAGAUAUCAGUCAUCUGAGAAAUCUGGAAGGAGAAGGUGGCUAUGGUCUCGCCUCAUUGCUCAGCCUUCUACCCAAUCACCAGUAAAGGGAUUGUAUCUAUAUGGAGGGGUCGGUACAGGGAAGACGAUGCUUAUGGACCUGUUCUAUGAGCAACUGCCAGCUAAUUGGAGGAAAAAGAGAAUUCACUUUCACGAUUUCAUGUUGAAUGUUCAUAGUCGCCUGCAGAUGCAUAAAGGUGUUUCAGAUCCCCUUGAUAUGGUAGCAGCUGAGAUUUCAGAUGAAGCCAUAAUAUUAUGUCUUGACGAGUUUAUGGUAACUGAUGUUGCUGAUGCUAUGAUAUUGAACCGUCUGUUCAGACAUCUGUUCAGCAAAGGCGUUGUUCUAGUUUCGACUUCUAAUCGUGCUCCCGAUCAGCUAUACGAAGGUGGCUUGCAGCGAAACCUUUUCUUACCGUUCAUUGACACCUUGAAAGAAAGGUGCAUUUCGCACCCCAUUGGCUCUGCAGUAGACUACCGUCAACUGGGUUCAGCUGGAGAAGGUUUCUAUUUUAUUGGAAGCGAAUGCAGUACAGUUCUUAAACAGAAAUUCCAAUCUUUGAUUGGAGAUGAGGAACCUACUCCUCAAACAGUCGAAGUCGUUAUGGGACGACAUUUGGAGGUCCCACUGGGAGCAAAUGGAUGUGCAUAUUUCCAGUUUGAAGAUCUUUGUGACAGACCUAUAGGCGCAGCAGACUAUUUCGGGCUAUUUAAGAAGUUUCACACCCUUGCAGUUGAAGGUGUCCCUAAGUUUGGAUAUCAUAACAGAACAGCAGCAUAUCGGUUUGUCACAUUGGUUGAUGUUAUGUAUGAGAACAAGGGGAGGCUAUUAUGCACAGCCGAGGCCGAGCCAAUAGAGCUAUUCGAGAAUGUCGUGACGGUCGCUGAAGCACAAAAAAGUUCACCUAGAUCUUCACGCUCGCAGAAAAGUGACGAUCCCGAUCUCUGCGUGGACAAUGAGCUAGGAUUCGCCAAAGAUCGUACGAUUAGCAGGUUGACAGAGCUCAACAGCAGAGAGUACUUGGAGGACUUUGAAGCAAAAUGGCAACAUCCCCUGCAUGCUGUAGAUAAUGGCGGCGAUGUCGUACUUGCAUAAGUGGCAGGGCUUCAUGUGCAAGGACCGCAUUAUAGUUUUGUUAUAUCUAUUAUCCCGCCUGGCUUAUGGAGGAAUGGGAGAAAUGUUGGUUUUCCUGUCAGUGAUGCAUGUAAUUUCAGUGUGCCAUGAUGCAAGCACUUUUGCAUGUAGAUCUGCAAAAAUGUCACACUUGUAGAGAAUAUGUGUCAUGUCUUGCUGGAAUUUUAUCCUAUCCUUUAUAUGAAACUGGAAAUCUUCAGAUAA